ACAGCUUUUAACAUUUGAUAAGAAUUCAAUAUCCAUCAUGUCUAAUUUCAAAAGUCAAAGUUUCAAGAUCAGAGUUUCAGAAAGAGAUUUUGGUUCUGUUUUGACCGAAAAUUAUGAUUAUGACUAUGAAUUUCAAAAAAGAGAAAGUAAAAAUUUUGAUAUUAUUAUAGAAUUUAAAGAAUGGAUCUUCUGUGAACAAAUAAAAACUGUUGGAUAUUAUCCAAGGCAUUCUGAAAAAUUAAAAGAAAUCGAAGAUAAAGAUAAUGAACUAAACUUUACGGGAUAA